AUGCGCGUGCCGUUGGACAAAUAUGGCCGCAUAAAGAAUAUUAUCCAUGGGACACAAGCGGCCAUUCUGUUCCUCGCCUGGAUCCUCACAAUAGCCAUCUUAACGCGGAAAGGACACACAGAUGGCCGAGUAGGCUGGUACUUUGGCCUGUGCUGGCUUAUGAUCCCCUUCCUCGUCUACCUGGUGAUGGUGCCGAUGUGGUCUCGCGCCCAGCGGUUUGCGAACGUAUACGCCUUUGCCUCUCUGGACGGGUUAUCGGUGAUUCUAUGGUUGAGCGCCUGGGCAGCGGUUGCAUCGUACGUGUCCGCUGGGAAAGGGAAAGGCGACAAGAAAGACGCGUCAGGCUGUGAAAAUUUCAAGUACGGCAGCUCCGCACGCUGCAAGUUGAGCGAGGCCAUCAUUGUGUUCGGGGUGUUCGAGAUGCUCCUGUUUCUGGCCACGGCCUGGCUCUCCUUCCGUGUGGUCAUGACCUACAAACGCACGGGCAUGAUGCCUGCGCAGAUGGCCGGUGGAACUGGAGCUGGAGUUGGGACAGAAACGGGGACAGGUGGAAAACCCACCGACGAAUUCUCCGAUCCCACCCAAGACGCCUUUUCGAGUAAUAUGCGACCCGAGGAGGAGGAGGAAGGAUUCGCCGACGGCCAGUACCAUGACCCCGACAGACAGGAAUAUGCGUAUGGGAAGACGUCUCUCGAUAACGAUGUCUACGCCCCAGUCCACCAAGCUGACGACAACGACCUUGCUUACUUGCCUCCUCAACAGCCGCAGAGUCCUUUGAGCCACAAUGGCUUGGGCAUCCAUGAUUACGAUACGAGCUAUCCCGGCGCCUAUGGGAACCAGGGACAUCACUUGCCACCACGGUGA